CGCAGAAGCUCCGCCCUGCAGCGCUCGCUCGGCCCAGAAAAAUAUAUCCCACUCGUGAACGCCCAAACCUUGACAUCUUUCUCCCGUCGUCACGUCCAACGAGAGAAAGCACAGUCAAGAUGGCGCCCGCUAACCUCCCCUCCAUCUUCAAUGCCACGAGCACCGACAUUGAGCAGCUGCUCGCUGCUCAGUGCCACAUCGGCUCCAAGAACCUGGGCGUCCACAUGCAGCCCUACCUCUGGAAGACUCGUGCCGACGGUGUGAACAUCAUCAACAUCGGCAAGACCUGGGAGAAGAUCGUCUUCGCGGCCCGCAUCAUUGCCGCCAUUGACAACCCGAGCGAUGUCUGCGUCAUCUCUGCUCGUCCCUACGGCCAGCGUGCCGUCCUCAAGUUCGCCGCCCACACCGGCGCCCAGGCCAUCGCUGGCCGCUUCACCCCCGGCUCCUUCACCAACUACAUCACCCGUUCGUUCAAGGAGCCCCGUCUGAUCGUCGUCACCGACCCCCGCACCGACGCCCAAGCCAUCAAGGAGGCCUCCUACGUUAACAUCCCGGUCAUUGCCCUCUGCGACACCGACUCGCCCACUGAGUUCGUCGACGUUGCCAUCCCCACCAACAACAAGGGCCGUCACGCCAUCGGCCUGAUCUGGUGGAUGCUGGCCCGCGAGGUCCUCCGCCUGCGCGGCACCAUCUACAACCGCGAGACCCCCUGGGAUGUGAUGCCCGAUCUCUACUUCUACCGCGACCCUGAGGCCGAGGCCGAGGAAAAGGUCGAGGAGGAGAAGCUCCCCGGUGUUGAUGAGGAGGGCCCCGUCGCCAUUGAGUCCGGCUUCGCGGCGGGUGCUGGUGACUGGGAGGCUGCCCCUGCUGGCUUCCCUGCCGCCGCUACUGGCGAGUGGAGCGAGGCCGCGCCUGCCACCUGGGAGUCCGGUGCCGCCGCCGGUGCCGCUCCCGCCACCACCGAGUGGGCCGACGCUCCCAAGGAGUCCGGCUGGUAGACAGGAGAUGGCGUACAAUAAAAAGAGCAGUUUUCGGGGUCAGGCGUAACGGCGCGGAUACAAACGGGCUUUGUCUCUCUCCCGGCCCAUUUCCACUCGCAUUGGCUUUCUUCUCGUCUCAACUCGGACAGCGGUGCAAGAUACCCUUUCUGGCCUUUGCCGGAGAGGGGGAAUGCCCUGUGGGGUCAUGAGGGGUGGACUUAAUCGUUAUCCCGCCUCGCCAUAGGAAUACUACUUGGCCAUGUUUCGGGUUCG